UUUGGGAAGUGGGCGUUAAACCUCAACAGCCUCAUCUAGCUAAUGCUAGGAGAAAAUCGAUACUGAGAAUCUGCUAAACGAGAACAAAUUAUUUGAACAGAAAAGAGAAAAGGACCCCUUUCUGCUGCAGGAGGUUUACCUGCAAUCCUUUAAAGACCUGAUGGCUACCGACAUGCCCAUGGGCACCAUGUCGGCUCCUAACCCUACCCCAGUCUCACUCCCUGAUCCUGUCCCAGCCCCCUUUCCUGCUCUCAGCUCCAGUACAGAUCAGGACCAGAGUUCCACCCAAGACCCAGCAAUCACUGAAACCCCUGAUCCUGCAGUGACCUCAGAGCACACCCCAGCUCACUCUACAGACCCAAAUGUGGCACCACAACUUGUUCCAGGUUCUCAACUACCCUCAGUCCCUCCACUGGGACCCCUGCCACCACCCCUAUCCACAGCCUCCGCCAAGAAUCCCAGCUGCAAGAUCAUGACAUUUCGGCCCACUAUGGAGGAGUUCAAAGACUUUGCUAAAUAUAUCGUCUACAUGGAGAGUCAGGGAGCCCAUCGUGCUGGCCUGGCAAAGGUGAUUCCCCCAAAGGGCUGGAAGCCACGCAAGUCCUACGACACUAUUGAAGACAUGGUCAUUCCAGCUCCUAUAAUGCAGGUGGUGACUGGCCAGUCAGGUCUGUUCACUCAGUACAACAUACAGAAGAAAUCCAUGACUGUAAGUGAAUACCGCAAGUUGGCCAACAGCAAGAAGUACUGCACCCCGCGCCACAAAGACUUUGAUGACCUUGAGCGAAAGUACUGGAAGAACCUGACAUUUGUGUCACCUAUUUAUGGUGCUGAUGUUAGUGGCUCUAUCUAUGAUGAGGACAUUCAAGAGUGGAACAUUGGCCGGCUCAACACACUACUGGAUAUGGUGGAGCAGGAGUGUGGUAUUGUCAUUGAGGGUGUCAAUACUCCUUACCUGUAUUUUGGCAUGUGGAAGACCACCUUUGCAUGGCACACUGAGGACAUGGACCUCUACAGCAUCAACUAUCUGCAUUUUGGGCAGCCCAAAUCCUGGUACACUAUCCCACCUGAACAUGGCAAGAGGCUGGAGAGGCUGGCACAAGGCUUCUUCCCCGGCAGUUCCCAAGGCUGUGACGCCUUUCUUCGCCACAAGAUGACACUGAUUUCUCCUUCUAUCCUAAAGAAAUACAGCAUUCCCUUUGACAGGAUAACUCAGAAUGAAGGAGAGUUUAUGGUCACUUUUCCUUAUGGCUACCACGCUGGUUUCAACCACGGCUUCAACUGCGCCGAGUCCACAAACUUUGCCACUCUUCGCUGGGUGGACUAUGGCAAGAAUGCGGCCCUGUGUUCGUGCCGAAAGGACAUGGUCAAGAUCUCAAUGGACGUGUUUGUCCGCCGACUGCAACCUGAUCGCUACGAGCUAUGGAAGCAGGGAAAAGACAUUACGGUGUUGGACCACCUGAAGCCCACAGUGCUGAGCAGUCCUGAGCUAGAGCGCUGGAGGGAGCAUAGAGUCACCUUCAGAGAAAGCCUCUUGCGAAGGGCAAUGCAAAAGAUGAAGCAGAUUCGUCGUCUAAAGCUGGAGGAGGUAAAGGUGCUGGCGGAGGAAGGAAUUGAGCUGAAUGCUGCUGAUUAUCAGCGGCAGGUGGAGGAACGUGAGGCUCAGCGCAGACAAGAGAGGGAGGAGCGUUUAGCUAGAGAGGCCAUGAUGACACUGGAGGCCAUGGAACGCGAGGAGCAGGAGGCUGCUGAGGCUGCUGCUAAAGCAGCAGACUCUUCAGUCACAGAGGAACCAGAAACCAAACCACAGAACUUAAUGGAUGAUGCUGACAAAAAGAAAAUCAAAAAGCAAAAGAGGAUCUCUACUAUCCCAGCUAUCAUGUCUGGAUUUGAAGAAGCAUUUCAACAGUUUACUUCAGCUAACAUGAAAAAUUCAAAGAAUAAAAUGGUCGGUCAUUUCGACGCUGAGUUUCCGAGACACAGGGACAUCCCGGCUAACAGCAAAAUGGAUGUGACUACCACCCAGACGAGCUACCCCAAGAUGAAAAUGCCAACAGAGGUGAAGAAGAGUCGCCGACACCCGCUCAGCAAGCCACCCAUGCGGACACCACUGUCCAUUGUCAAGCAAGACCCAACCAGUGACAAAGAGCUGUCCUCUCCAAUGCCGCUGGACAGCGACAUGAAGAAACAGGAGCACCUGUGGCAGAAUCACUCCCCCAACUUUGUGGCAGAAAAGUCCUUUAAUGCUGCAGUGGCUGCACUCCAACCACACUGUGCUGUCUGUUCCCUUUUCUGUCCAUACACAAAGAAAGAUGCCUCCAUUGUAAAUGAUACCCCCGAUGCCUCUCUGCCCCGUCAUGGCAGUGCGACUCGUCCACUUGUCCCAGAGAUGUGCUUCAGCGUUGGUGCAGGAAGCACAGAGCCACCGCCUACCAACUACCACAUCGGAGAGGAUGGAACCAGUCUUCUGAUUCGGUGUCCGUCUUGCUUUAUGCAGGUUCAUGCAAGCUGUUAUGGUGUAAAGCCCGACUCUGUUAGUGACUCCUGGAUGUGCUCCAGGUGUGCAGCAGGAGCCUGGACAGUGGAAUGCUGUCUCUGUAACUUACGUGGGGGAGCUUUGAAAACUACCACAGAUAACAGGUGGGUCCAUGUUAUCUGUGCCAUUGCUGUAGCAGAAGCUCGCUUCAUCAAUGCCAUUGAGAGGGAGCCAGUGGAUGUCAGCGCUGUCCCAGAAACCCGCAAGAAUCUGAAAUGUGUGUUCUGCCAUAGCAAGAGUUUUAAUCAGAACCGUGGCGCCUGCAUCCAGUGCACGUAUGAGAACUGUGCCACCUCCUUCCACGUCACCUGUGCCCAGAUAGCUGGAGUGGUGAUGAAGCCUGCUGACUGGCCCUACGUGGUGUCCGUCACCUGUCAAAAGCAUAAAAGGAGCACCCCGAAGCCUCGAACAGCUCCCAAAACCCCACAAGAACUGGACCUGGGCCAGAAGGUGAUUGGACGCAGCAACGAUGGCUGGUACUACCCCUGCACCAUCAUCGGCAUGGCAACACAGACGUUCUUUGAGGUCAACUUUGAUGACGGGUCAUACUGGGACAACCUACACCCAGAAAACGUAGUAAGUCACGACUGCCUGCGUAACGGUCCUCCUGAAGCAGGGGAAAUGAUUGUGGUGAACACACCUGACGGUCAGAUCCUCAAUGCAUCCUUUAUCAAACAGCACGUUCACAAGCUCUACCAGGUUGAGUUUCAGGACCAAAGUCAACUGAUGCUCAAACACUCGGAGAUCUUCCACCAGGACCAUGAAUUACCUAAAAGGGUCAAAGCCCGGUUGGCUAUACCCGCUGCACAGGAGGAGGUUUCCCCAGCAGAUGAAGCCCAAGCAGCUAAACGCCCCCGACUGCCCUCCAGUUCAACCCCACCUGCUGAUGUCCCCAUGGAAACAAGUAAUCUGUCAGUUGGCCCCCAAACUGCAGUACCAGCCCUGCUGCAUGACAGUAUUAGUUCACCACCAAUCUCAGAGCCUUUGUCCCAACCCACCGCAACCCCACAGGAAGCCCCUGUCCCUUCCAGUGGCAGUCAGAUGGACAUGGACACCCUCACCGAUUCUCUCACAGAGUCGCCCCUGGUCUCAGACCCCUUGCUGACGCCACAGUCCAACACCUUUCAGGCUACUUUGAACUCUGAUCCCCUCCUGUCCACCCCGUCCCCUCUGCCUCCACCCCAGCACAUGUCCAACAGCUACACACCCAGCAGUGGCUUUGUUUCCUACAUGGAGACUCUCCUUCACUCACGUUUUCCUCAGGACGAAGGCCCCGGCCCCCUGUAUUAAAAACCAACCAUUGUUCUUACUCAGCCGGUGUAGGCUGGGCUCAUAGGAAGUAAGCUAAUGGAGGUGGACUCUGAGUGCUGUAUUAUUGGACAAAUAUUUCCUUCUGUGGCUCUGAGAGCUAUGAGCAGGAGAGGGAAACAACACGGAAUCACAAGCACUCUUUUAAUGCAUGUUACUUUUCUAUUUUUGAGUAAACGUAUUUGCAGUGAUGCUUUAGUCUACUCUGAAGCAGCAGCUAAAGAGCACAGGGCUUUUUUUUCAUUGACAUUAAUAUUAUUAUUAUUAUUAUUAUAAUUGGUGGAUUUUUUUGUUAGCUUUUAAAGACUGUGUUGCUUUUUGUUUUUGUUCAGCUGCUGUUUUUUUUUCUUUUCAUCUUAAUAUAAAUAUGUCUGAGCGGCAUCAACUCCAUACCUCGUUGCAUUUACUAAAUAACAGCACACUCCCUUGUUCUUUCUAUAGGAAUUGUUACGGUGGCCUCUCAGCAAUGAGGCAGUGAUGGACACGAACUCUCUCUCUCUGUCUCUCUCUCUUUUUUUUUUUUUUAAACCGAUAACCAGCAAACACAAAAUCUAUUUUUCAAGCCAGCCAAUGAUGGCUUUGAAACUGGUAAAGUUAGUGUCAUAUUGUUCAUCUACAGGAUAUUUUCAGUGAGGUGUUCUUGUUGGACUGCAAGAGGUAAAUGGGGGGAAAGGGGAUUAAAAAAGAAAUGUAUUGUAGUGGGAACUCAGUAUUUAAAUGUCUUAGUCAAAUAUUGAAAGAAUUAUUUGUAAUAGAAAAUAACUGUUGAAUGCAAACACUAGUAGAUUUGUCUGCAGGAUGCAUUGCAUUUUGUGAAGAUGUGUCACAGUAGUUAACAGAUGACAUCUUUAUGUAUUGAUUUCAUAUGGCGGCUCCACUGUUUUUUUUUUUGUUUUUUUUUGUUUUGUUUUGUUUUUUUUCUUCAUUUUUUGAAAACACCGAAAAUCUCUCAGGGUUCCUACGUUUGGAAAAUAAAUUUUAAUCUUCAAGUCUUCAUGCUGUGUGGGAUGUAUACGACGACCCAGAAAUUUUUCUCACUCAUAUUGGGCUUGGAAAUAUGCAACUUGAUUCUGUUCUUCUGUAGUUUGCCCUCUGUCAAACUGUCAAAUAGCCACUUUUAGCACUUCAACUGGCCAACAUUGUCUGUUAAGAUGAUUUUGUAAAAGGAAAAAUUUGUAGGAACCCUAAAAUCUGGAUAUAUUGCACCCUUCUCGAUUUAUAUUGUAUAUGUAAAUCAGUAUUGUAAUUAGCUGAAUGAUGUCUGUUCUGUUCUGUGCCCUUCCUGUGUUAAUUAUUUUGAACUGAAGUCACAAACUUGGCUAUAAAUGAAUAUUUAUACCUUUCUUUACAGUAGUUUUACUGUGAGAUAGUUUCCCAAUAACUAACAUUUGUCUUUGUUUUAGUUUUCCCCGGAUAUGGCUACUCUGUGCUUCAAAGGUGCUACAGAAAUACGAAACUACUGAUGAACUGAUACCCCCCACCCAACGUCGUCUGGUGUACAUACCACAUGCCUUGUGUUGUGAAUCAAAUUUAUAAAUGUCACAAGUUUCUUCUUCCUUUUCCUUUUGAAACUGAAAUGUUUGAAACAGAAAUAAGUUGCUUUUGACAUCCAUUAAAACAUGUUAAUUCAUGGGGAUUAAAGUGGGUUGCCAGUCACACCA